AGCAUGUGCGGCAUCUUCUGUGUCCACAAGCACCAGGACCCAUCCGGUGAUAUCCAGGCCUUCAAGCCUACCGCUUUGAAGCUUUCCCGCGAGAUUCGUCAUCGCGGUCCAGGUACGCCUCUCAAGAACGAUUGAUAAGAUCAAAGCUGAUGCGCUGUAGACUGGAGCGGCAACGUGAUUCGGAAAAACACCAUACUCUGUCAUGAGCGACUCGCCAUCGUGGGAGUUGAUACGGGCGCGCAACCUAUCGUUUCGAGUGACGGCAAGAUUGUCCUUGCAGUGAACGGUGAAAUCUACAACCACCUUGCCCUGCGCGAACAACUCAAGGCGCCGUAUGAUUUCAAGACGCACUCUGACUGCGAAGUGAUUCUUCCACUGUACCGCGAUUUCGGCACAGAGUUUGUCAACAUGCUCGACGGCAUGUUCUCAUUUGUACUGUACGAUGAAUAUCAGGACCGCAUCUUGGCUGCACGCGACCCUAUUGGCAUCACAACCUUGUAUCAAGGUUUCAACAGCAAGGCGCAGGAAACCUGCUAUUUUGCUUCGGAACUCAAGUGCCUGCACCCAAUUUGCGACAAGCUGAUUCAAUUUCCACCAGGCCACUACUUUGACUCGCUCACGAACGAGACAAAGCCAUACUUUCAGCCUACUUGGCUCACUUCUUCUGAAGUGCCUUCGCGCGAGUUGGAUUUGAAGGCUAUUCGGGAUACGCUUGAAGAUGCAGUGACGAAGCGUCUCAUGUCGGAAGUGCCAUAUGGUGUUUUGUUGUCUGGUGGUCUGGAUUCAUCCCUGAUUGCCGCUAUCGCUGCACGCAAGACUGCGAUUGAGCAGCAGAAGCAAGCUCAUGGUGAUGCGACAUUGGCAACAUGGCCACAAUUGCAUUCCUUUUCUGUGGGUCUCCCUGGCUCGCCUGAUUUGAUCGCUGCAAAGGAAGUUGCUCAAUUCCUCAAGACUAUCCACCAUGAGCAUACGUUUACGCUGCAGGAAGGUCUUGAUGCCUUGUCGGAUGUCAUUUUCCACCUCGAGACGUUUGAUGUCACCACGAUCCGUGCUUCCACGCCCAUGUACCUGCUCUCUCGCAAGAUCAAGGCACAAGGUGUCAAGAUGGUGUUGUCGGGUGAAGGUUCAGAUGAGAUCUUUGGUGGAUACCUCUACUUUGCAAGCGCACCCAAUGCUGCCGACUUCCACCGAGAGUGUGUUGGUCGUGUCAAGAACUUGCAUUUGGCAGACAACUUGCGAGCCAACAAGUCAACCAUGGCUUGGGGUCUCGAAGCGCGUAUCCCAUUUUUGGAUAAAAAGUUUUUGGAGGUGGUGAUGAACACGGAUCCAAAGUAUAAGGUCAUCACCAAGGAACGCAAGGAAAAGUACAUCUUGCGUGAAGCAUUUGAUACGCCUGAGAACCCGUACUUGCCGCACAAGAUUUUAUGGCGACAAAAGGAGCAAUUCUCGGAUGGUGUAGGUUAUGGCUGGAUUGACGCUCUGCGUGAUACGGCUGCUGCUCAAAUCUCAGACGAAGAGUUCUCGCAACCCACACCAGCACAGUGGGUGUUGGCGGAUGGAUCAGAGGAUCGUCCACAGACAAAAGAAGCUUGGUGGUAUCGCAAGAUGUUUGAUGCACACUUCCCAAAGCAGUGCGCAGAGACUGUCCAGAGGUGGAUUCCAAAAGCUGAUUGGGGAUGCAACAGUGAUCCUUCUGGCCGUGCGCAGGCGACUCAUGAGGCCAAGUACUAGACGUGUCUUGAUAUAAUUGCAUCUUGCAUCGAACUUUUCUCUACAUGGUCAGAUAGAAUUCGAUAGAUUAAGAGUCAAUUCUGCU